CUUGCUUUGUAAAGGGUCAAAGUGAUGAAGUGAGCACAAACAAUGAUCAACACCAAGAAACCAUGAAUAGCAAUACCAACGUCAGCAACAAUAAGGAACAAGAUCGAAAGGAGACUUCUACAAGUAAUAUCUCAAGUCUCGAUUCCAGAUUCAACCAAACACUCCGAAAUGUUCAAGGGUUUGAAUGCACAUACAGAAAAGAGUUGACAACCUUUGCAUCAUUAUUGGUGUUUGACUUACGAUAUGUAACUAGUGAGAAAAAGGUCGGCUUUGUGAUGCAUUGGACAGCAAAACAGAACAACAAAACAUCAAAAUCAGAAUCAGGGCACAAUCAGGAAGCACAGUCAAAGCAGACAGCAAAACAGAAUAACAAAACAUCAAAAUCAGAAUCAGGGCACAAUCAGGAAGCACAGUCAAAGCAGUUGCUUAAAGGUCGCAGUUUUCCUGGUAAGGUAUUGAUAACACGGAGAUCGAACCCACUGGAUGACUUAACUUUACGCUCUCCAGACACUAACCGGAGUUUCUCGGACAGUGACACUGGACGAAAUGAACAAAUAGAUGAAUAUGUUGAGGAUGAAGAUCAAGGUAGAAGCAAGCUGAAAAUUAAUUCAUCUGUUAACAAGUUAAAAUUGUCAACGCCAGAAAAUACUACCAAAGAGAUCCAGAAGUCAACAAUGGGUGCUAGAGCUACGGAUUCCGCUAGGCUAAUGAAGUUCUCAAAAGAAUUGUCUGGGCCAGCUGCCAUCUUAGGUAUUGUAACUUUUAUCAUGUAA